AUGUCUCUUGUAAACUCGACUUUUGCCCCAAACUGCACGGCUCUCCUGGACUCUACGCCAACUUUCAUCCCUGGGCUUCGGCCAUAUGUUGCUCAGACGUAUUCUGCUGGAUCUAACGUCUCUAUAAGCAAUACCACCGCGUUUUCAGAUCUCUCAGAGUUUUGCCGUUUUGGUGCACAAUAUAAUACUUCCGCCAAUUCUCAAAUCCAGUUCGAGGUUUGGCUACCUGUAGCAGAAAACUGGAAUGGCCGGUUCGCACACGCUGGGAAUGGAGGGGAUCUUGGCUCUAUCUCAUACCAGGAAAUGGCCAUCCCGAUGACUAAAUAUGGCUUUGCGAUGGCAAGCACCAAUACAGGUCACAACGGGUCUGUUUCUGAUGGGUCAUUUGCCAUGAAUAAUUUGGAGUCUCAGAUUGACUUUGGGUGGCGUGCGGUUCAUCUCAGCACUAUUUUCUCAAAAGUCAUUGUCAAUGCCUACUACGGCCAGAACUCAAGCUACAAUUAUUGGUUCGGUUGCUCCAGUGGAGGCAAGCAGGGAAUGAGAGAAGUUCAAGGGUUCCCCGAAGAUUUCGAUGGUGCACUAACUGGAGCCCCGGCACAAUGGCUUUCUAGGCAGAACGGAUUUAAUAUUCACGUCGGGCAGUUAAAUAUGAAUGAGACCACUCCAGGCGAAGUGUGUGACGAGAUAGAUGACGUGAAAGAUAAUGUGAUCCUCAACCCUCGCCUAUGUACUCCAGACACAUCGACUGUCGUUUGUGGUGCAUCCAACCUAUCCGCCUACGUUAAUUCCUCUACAUGUAUUACCGAGGGACAGGCGACCACUCUGGCAGCUGUCUACAAGAACUGGACAUCAUCGGCUACGGGGGAAUUGUUGUUUCCUUCCUAUGAUCCAGGUAGCGAGAGUGGCUGGACUGCGCUAUUGAGCGGGACACCGUUUGGGCUUUCUUCCGACUUUUUCUUGUAUCAGGUUUAUAAUUAUACUUCUCUCCAACCUGCGCUAGUCGUGAAGAAUGAAACCGAGCUCGAGCGGAUUACGGCAAUUGGAGACGAAACCGAUCCUGGACAAGGCAAUGCUGUGAACCCGAAUUUGACACCCUUCUUCCAAAGAGGAGGGAAGCUAAUAGCGUACCAUGGGUCAGCGGAUAUGAACAUCCCGUCGGGAAGUUCAACUCAUUAUUAUGAACGACUGCAGACGUACUACAAUAGAUCGACCGACUUGAGAAACUAUUACCGUCUUUUCUUGGUUCCCGGCAUGGGCCAUUGUGAAGGUGGAAAUGGCGCGGAUGGUUUCGGCCGGCCCCAACAGCAAAGUAAUGGCCAAGGCCAAUCUCUUGUUUUCGAUGCCGAACAUGACGCAAUCCUCGCCCUUAUGCGCUGGGUCGAGAACGGUACCGCCCCGAACCAAAUCAUUAGUGCGAAAUACGUGGAUAAUGACAAGAGUCAAGGCGUCGAAUUCACAAGGCUCUUGUGCCCUUACCCACAAGAGGGCAAGUAUGUCAGUGGGGAUGUGAAUAAUUCGACCAGCUACGUUUGCGAGUAG